GCUUGUCUGAAAAACAAAACGUGAUGAAACUUAAGCUGACGCAACAUAAAUGAUGGAAAACUGAUAUCAGACGCUUCGAAAACAGAAAUGAAAUAGAUACAGUACAUCCUGGACGGCAGAUAGUAGCAGCUCUACACGGAAACAAGGGUUACAACCACACAGUGCAACAUUAAUAAUCAAUCAUACCAUCAUAUUAAUACUAGCCCACGGAAUAGAUAUACAUACAUGGAGUAACUGACAAACGAACAACUUUAUUAAAGCCAGUGAGCAGUUAUAACUAGGCCAAUACAUGAACAUCACUUCUUGCAAAAAGUUGACAGGACCUGCUGGAACAUGUGACAUCGACUGCAGAUCGAGUUUUAACCUUCAGCAGUUUGUGAAGCAGUGCACCACUCCCCGAGACCAAUGGUCUGCAAAGAUGUGGUGUGCAAAAGAGCGGAUCAAAGUGUCACAGACGGGUGACUAUGUACGAUACCUCUGGCCCAAGAGUCGGCAUUGCUAAGGAACGAGAGAAAAGUCGCCCGUCCCCUAGAGGCUACGGCGCCAAGAAACGGCGUCUUUCUUCUUCGUCCUCUUUUGUUGGGAUGUAUAUGUGAGUUCAGAGAACCUCUGGUCCUCAACGACUACAGCAAGGUGUCUUGUGAGGACAUCCUUGUGUUCAAUCAGUGGACGGCAGCGACAUUUACUGUAGGUCGCUUAAAUAAUUCUUUUUUUUUUCAGGUCAGGCUGAAUGGGGAAACUUCUGUUGGAGCUAACCAAAGAUGACACCCAGAGUUUCCUCACUAAAUGCCUUGACCUCACAUACUGUGGCCUUGACAGUAAUCACCUCAUGGGCUUUCUUAUUACUACUGUUGACCCCACCAAGCUUUGCCUUGACCUCGGAACCUCACCGGUAUCAUGACUACUGCAUUGUUGGAGCUGGUCCUGCUGGCUUACAGCUUGGCUUUUUCUUAAAAAGAGCAGGCAGAGAUUAUAUAGUCUUUGAAAGGUCAACUAUUCCAGGACAGUUUUUUGUUGAUUAUCCGCGGCAUCGGAAGCUGAUCAGCAUCAACAAACGCCACACUGGAAGGACAAACAAAGAAUUCAACCUUCGGCAUGACUGGAACUCAUUAUUAUCUGAUGAUGAAUCACUUUUGUUCAGGCACUACUCCAAAGAUGUUCCACAUGCAGAUCAGCUGUUGCGCUACCUUCGUGACUAUCAGCAACGCCUUGGCAUUAAAGUGCAAUUCAGCACUGAAAUCAGCAAUAUUCACAGCCUUCCUGAUGAUACAAUGCCUGAUGGUGUGUUAUACUACAUGAAUGAUCAACUUAAUAACUCCUAUUCAUGCAAAGUCUUGAUAAUUGCAACUGGUAUGGGAAAACCCAAUAUUCCUGCAAUGAAAGGCAUUGAAUAUGCUGAUGGAUAUGAAAGCAUGUCACUAAAUCCAGAAGACUACGAGGGGAAAAGUGUCCUGAUAUUGGGUCACGGCAACUCAGCCUUUGAAGUAGCAGAUAGAAUUUAUGGUGUGACAAAUUUAAUCCACAUGAUAGCCCGCUCUCGAAUCAGACUAUCAUGGGCAACACAUUAUGUUGGAGAUUUAAGGGGAGUCAAUAACGCCCUGCUUGACACAUAUCAGCUUAAGUCUCUGGAUGGGCUACUUGAAACUUCUGUAGAGAGAUUCGAACUGAAGAAAAGGGAUGGCAAAAUCUUUUUUACAUUUUCAUAUCAAGACAGAAGUGAAUUUCAGAAACUCUUAGACAACUUCCCAUUGCGUGAGCAGUAUGAUAAAGUUAUCCGUUGCCUAGGUUUCACAUUUGACUUCAGUCUAUUUCAAAAUAAAUCACUAGCACGCCGUAGUGGGCGCUUGAAGAAGUUCCCCGCCAUCAAUUACAACUAUGAGUCAAGCUCUCACCCAGGGGUGUUUUUUGCGGGUACAGCUACACAUUCCCUUGACUUCAGAAAAUCAGCAGGGGGCUUCAUUCAUGGAUUUAGAUAUACAACUCGAACACUACAUCGACUUUUAGAAUGGAGAUAUGAGAAAGUUUUGUGGCCUCAUCAACCCAUUCCUAUGGCACAUCUCAUGAACCAGCUGCUUAAACGCAUGAACGAGGCUUCAGGUCUUUACCAAAUGUUCCAGAUUCUUGGGGAUGUGAUUGUUUUAUCCAAGGAUGGUGAAAGUGCAUACUGGUUUGAAGAAUUCCCAAUCAACAUGCUCCCUGAGUUCACCAGCAGAACAGGGUUCUCAGCCAAGCGGAUGCUAGUGCUGGUCAUGGAGUAUGGCUCUGAGUUUUCUGGUGAAGACAAGGACAACUUUCGCUAUGAUCGUGCAGUAUCGCAUCCUAGUAAAGCUCACAACUCCAACUUUCUUCAUCCUGUAUUGUACUACUAUGAAAAGGUGCCUACAGAGCUGCAAAUGAAAACAGAAGGAGAGGAAGAGACUUUUCCUCGUCCAGCAGCCAUACAUCACAUCGUUGAGGAUUUUCUGACAUCGUGGGACAGACCAUUUUCACACAUCAUGCCCUUGCGUCACUUCCUGGAUCAUAUUACGAAGACAGACCUGCGAGACCGCUUCUCUCAGGCAUGUUUCUUUGAGGCCAUGACCCAUGAUAAUGUGGGUCUGCUCUGCAAGCAAAGGUAUUUGAUGGGCCAGGGUCUGUCAGCUACUCCUGAGAUGAUGAUCAAAACCAACCUUGAGGGGCUUUGGCCGAAGUAAGAUAACUAAACCUCAAAGUGUGUCAUUAGUCAACGUGAACAGAGAGAAAUACCACACCACACUAACCAGUGACUAGUUCUACCGACGCUUCACAGGUGAUGGUGAGAUGUGGGGAGCAAUGGAGGAAGGACACCGCCUCUCACAAUUUGACGAGAUGUAACAUGAUUUCAAAUAUUUCUUCACUGUCCAGCCUACCGACGCAGCCAGUCCGCAAUGAAUAUACUACUUUCCCCGUAAUUAUUUUGUUUUACAGUGUUUAUAAAUUUCAUUGCCUCCUAAUGCAAAUAAGAAGUUUUAAGUAAUGGUGAAAAAUAAAAUAAAACCAGAAGCCACAAUGACAUCUAAGACAGAUUUUCAAAGACCUAUCUUUCAAUAACAUCAUGAUCAAUGCACAUUUGUGUCAUCACAGAAGUAUGCAUUACUUAGUUUGGAAAUAAUUAGCCUCAGCUCUCCUGGACUUUCACUUGGAAACAUCGAGGCUGGGUUUUACUUUUUUUAUGGAUUUGCUUGUUAAUAUUUCACGUAGUUAAAAUAGAACUUUCUUUCUUGUAGCUGUUUUCAUUAAUCUUAUGUGUAUUUGUAUGUUGUGUACAUGUUUUUAUUAUAUAACAUAAGGAAUUCGUAAGUGCUUCAAGUGCUGGAUUUUUUUAUUUGUUAAAAGAGAAGUUCAAUUCGCCCUUCUCGAAGCUGUCGCGAUUUAAAUCACACGACACCUUAGUCUCUCUUAAAGGUUUGGAACUGACUCCUAGCCACUCACAGGCAUGGAUACUAUGUGUGCGUCGAGAAAGAUGCAGAGGGAUAGAAAGACAAGAAGUCUAGGAGACAGACGAAUAGAAUCAUAGACAGGGAAGGAGAAAAACAUAAUGUUAAUCAUGUUGUAUGUGCGAAGGCUUGUAGGUGCGGGUUAAGAAAAUAAGUUAGUUGCAUGCAUUUACAGAAAAAAUGCUAAACAGAUACUGACCAGGGCUGCCUGAGUGGAUUAA